ACUACAUUAACUAUACCUUUAUAUGUUAAUUGUGCAAGUUUUACCAUGAUAAUAUCUCAGGAUAUUUAAUGGUUGAAGGUUGAAACAACCUUGUUUCCUCAGAUUGAUGGCAUUGCUGUAGAGGUGAUUCAUGCAACAGUGUUUUUCAGAUGUAAAUGGGCGGUAGUGAUGCUUGACACAUCUGCGGCAUGCACGAUAGCCCCUAGCUCAUUUGAUGGAGUGACUUUGCAGUGGAGAACUCCUAAAGUCAUGACCCCGCUGGUGCAGGACCCCUCUGGGUUUGUAAGCAAGAGCAUUAAGCUGGGUGUGGAUGCUCAGCUCUUGGACGAGGCCACCAGGAAAUACAUGGGCUUCAUACUGGGAGAAGACGGCCAGGUGGUGUAUGUUUCAGUGCCAUUUGGUGCACCAGGAGGUUACAGAAAGAGUUUGGUGGAAAAUAAUGUCUAUAAAGAAAGUUACAUGGCUUUCCUGUACUAUGAGCACAUUUAUUCACAUGUGUUUAUGGAUGGUACUGAAAUGGAGACCAGAUAUCACCAGCUACAAGUUAUGGAGACGCCACUAGUUUCUCGGAAUCUUUUCGCUAUAGAUGAAACUUUGCCUCAUGAAGAAGUGUUCACCAUGUAUCUUGGUAAUUUUGCUGCGGAUGUGCAGCUCAUUGCAAUCAAGCUGAAUGAGAACUAUCUGUCAGUAACAGAUGCCAUUCAACACCAUUACUUCAUUACAAAAAUUCCCCACAUUAACGGGACCCACGGCAUCACCAUCAAGGUCCCUUUUAAAGAUAAAGCUGUCAAUCGUGUGUACUUGGGUGAAGGACUUCUGCAGUACUCUGUGGAGAUUAACUACACCCUUAACAUCAUCGAACAAAACGACACAUUUUUCUACAGUGUCUCUGUUGUGGCACACGUUAAUGAUGCUUGUAAGUCUUUAGGAGUCAAUAGAUUUAAAUCGCAUGACAUGAAAGUGACCAAGAGUCUGAGUCUGAUUUGUUUCCCUCUCAUUUAGUUCCUCCAGCUGUCACUGCUUUCUGUACAGAACAGAGCAUAAUAUUCAGGAUGGAUCAUUCGAGGCAUGCCGGACUUUGGGAAGUCUGUGUGGGGCAUCAAGCUCUCACAUCUGACUUAUCCAGACUGAG